GUACUCUCAGAAAGCCAUCGAACUUUUCCAAAAGUCUUAAAGUAUAUCCAUUCUGCGCGCCAGUUCAACCAUACCUAUUAUCAAUCAUCCAACUUUCACAAUGUCUAAGCCAAGCAUUCUCUUCGUCCUCACCUCGCACAACAAGCUCGGCGACACAGGCAAGCCCACUGGCUGGUACUUGCCAGAGCUCGCCCACCCCUACCACGUCCUACGCAACAAAGCCAACAUCACCGUCGCAUCCCCCAAGGGCGGUGAGGCUCCCCUCGACCCUGCAUCCGUUGAAGCCGCGAAAGACGAUGUAUCCGUCAACUUCCUCAAGAACGACGAGCAGGUCUGGAAGAAUACCCAGAAGCUGAGCGACUUCAAGGGAAAGGCGAAGGAGUUUGAUGCCAUCUUCUACGUUGGUGGUCAUGGACCUAUGUUCGAUCUUGUCGACGACGCGACGUCACAACAACUUAUCAGGGAGUUUUGGGAGGCGGACAAGAUCGUGUCGGCCGUAUGCCAUGCACCCGCUGUCUUCUACGACGCUAAGCUGAGCGACGGAAGUCUGCUUGUUGCUGGAAAGGAGGUUACCGCAUUCACAAACGCUGAGGAGGAGCAAGUGGGCUUGACCAAGGCUGUACCAUUCUUGCCUGAAGAUGCGCUGCAGAAGGCGAGCGGAGGCAAGUUUGUCAAGGCAGCGGAGCCCUGGGGCGAGAAGGUCGCCGUUUCUGGCCGAUUGAUCACCGGACAAAACCCGACGAGUGCGACAGCGGUCGGAGAGGCGAUCGCAAAGGCAUUGGGCAUUUAAGGAUAUCAACAAGAAAAUAAGGCAUAAUAAAUACAGCUUAAGCUUCAUUAUGAGAUACAAGACAUAAUUUUUCGUGAGACAUAAACACUUUUCGUUUGUAAUAGGCAUUAUAUACAUUCAUCGAGCAUGAUUCCUAGGAUUUCCACCCCAAAUUCAACCUCCCUACACUAGCUGCUUUAUACAUACUUGGUCACGAUAUU